CUGCUGCCUUUGCGCUGGGAGCCGAGCCGGAGGGAAGGCGGUGGAGAGAUGAUUGCAGAGUUGGUGAGCAGCGCUCUGGGGCUCGCCUUGUAUCUCAACACCCUGAGUGCGGAUUUCUGCUACGAUGACAGCCGUGCUAUCAAGACGAAUCAGGACCUUCUCCCAGAAACCCCAUGGACCCACAUUUUCUACAACGAUUUUUGGGGGACUCUGCUGACCCACAGUGGGAGCCACAAGUCCUACCGGCCACUCUGCACACUUUCUUUCCGCCUGAAUCAUGCCAUUGGAGGGCUGAAUCCCUGGAGCUACCAUCUCGUCAAUGUGUUACUGCACGCGGCUGUCACUGGUCUCUUUACGAGCUUCUCUAAGAUCCUGCUUGGGGACGGAUACUGGACCUUCAUGGCUGGCUUGAUGUUCGCCUCUCACCCCAUACACACGGAGGCGGUGGCAGGAAUUGUGGGCCGGGCUGAUGUGGGGGCCAGUCUCUUCUUCCUUCUCUCCUUGCUGUGCUACAUGAAACACUGUUCUACAAGAGGCUCCUCUGCCAGGACCUGGGGCUGGUUCCUGGGGACAGGACUGUGCGCCGGAUGCAGCAUGUUGUGGAAGGAACAAGGAGUGACAGUCCUGGCGGUUUCAGCCAUUUAUGACGUCUUUGUCUUUCACAGGCUGAAAAUGAAACAGAUCUUGCCCACCAUUUACAAAAGGAAGAACUUGUCUCUGUUUCUCAGCAUCAGUUUGUUAACUUUCUGGGGAACUUCCCUUUUGGGUGCCCGUUUAUACUGGAUGGGAAACAAACCACCAAGCUUUUCCAAUUCUGACAACCCAGCUGCUGAUUCGGAUAGUCUCCUGGCUCGCACGCUCACCUUCUUCUACUUGCCAACCAAGAACCUUUGGCUGUUGCUAUGCCCAGAUACCCUCAGUUUUGAUUGGUCAAUGGACGCUGUGCCUCUGCUCAAAACAAUUUGUGAUUGGAGAAACCUACACACUGUGGCCUUCUAUACUGGACUCCUCCUCCUUGCCUACUAUGGUUUGAAGAGCCCAAGCGUAGAAAGAGAAUGCAAUGGGAAAUUUGUAACAAAUGGCAAGCAGAAUGCAAAUGGACAUAGCUGCCAUUCAGAGGUGGAGUACCGGAACUCAGAGAUUAAGCCCAGCUUUGCAUCCAAAGUAGAAAAUGGCAUUAAAAAUAAUGCGUCACAGAGAACACAGCUUCCUUCUACGGAGAACAUUGUUGUUUUGUCUUUAUCUUUGUUAAUAAUACCCUUUGUUCCUGCCACGAACCUGUUUUUCUAUGUUGGCUUUGUAAUUGCAGAGCGAGUAUUGUAUAUUCCUAGUAUGGGCUUCUGCCUCCUCAUUACAGUGGGUGCCAGAGCCCUUUAUGUCAAAGUCCAAAAGCGCUUUCUCAAGAGCUUGAUUUUUUAUGCUACAGCUACGUUAAUUGUUUUCUAUGGACUCAAGACAGCCAUCAGGAACGGAGACUGGCAGAAUGAGGAAAUGCUGUAUAGGUCAGGGAUAAAAGUAAACCCAGCUAAAGCGUGGGGUAACCUUGGAAAUGUUCUCAAGAGUCAGAGCAAAAUUUCUGAAGCUGAAAGCGCCUAUAGAAACGCUUUGUAUUACCGAAGCAACAUGGCUGACAUGCUUUAUAACUUAGGGUUACUUCUACAAGAGAACAGCAGGUUUGCAGAAGCACUACAUUAUUAUAAAUUGGCGAUUGGGAGCAGACCUACACUGGCUUCUGCAUAUUUAAACACCGGUAUUAUUCUAAUGAACCAAGGAAAGACAGAAGAAGCCCGACGCACAUUCCUGAAGUGUUCUGAAAUCCCUGACGAAAACCUAAAGGACCCUCAUGCCCAUAAGAGCUCAGUUACCAGCUGUCUGUACAACCUGGGGAAACUCUAUCAUGAGCAGGGACACUAUGAGGAUGCCCUUAGUGUGUACAAGGAAGCAAUUCAGAAAAUGCCAAGGCAGUUUGCCCCACAGAGCUUGUACAACAUGAUGGGUGAAGCGUACAUGCGAUUAAGCAAGCUCCCUGAAGCAGAGCACUGGUAUAUGGAAUCAUUGAGAUCCAAGACCGACCACAUCCCUGCUCAUCUCACCUAUGGGAAACUGCUUGCUCUAACAGGUCGUAAGAGUGAGGCUGAAAAGUUCUUCUUGAAGGCCAUUGAGCUGGACCCCACCAGAGGAAACUGUUACAUGCAUUAUGGUCAGUUUCUUCUCGAAGAAGCUCGCCUCAUAGAAGCAGCUGAGAUGGCAAAAAAAGCAGCUGAACUGGACAGCACGGAGUUUGAUGUGGUCUUCAAUGCUGCCCACAUGCUCAGGCAGGCUAGCCUCAACGAAGCAGCUGAGAAGUAUUAUGAUCUGGCGGCCAGGCUGAGGCCUGAUUAUCCGGCUGCUCUGAUGAACUUGGGAGCCAUCCUGCACCUCAAUGGUCGACUCCAGAAGGCGGAGGCCAACUACCUGCGGGCCCUGCAGCUCAAGCCGGAUGACGUCAUCACGCAGUCCAAUCUCCGCAAACUCUGGAACAUCAUGGAAAAGCAAGGCUUAAAGACUUCCAGGACCUGACACAGGAGGGCCGUACCUCAUCCUCCUCCAUAUUUGAAAGCAGGCUUCAUUAACAAACAGAACUUCCCAGCAGUGCCAUGACAAGAGCUAGUUUGGACUUCAAGACCGGGGACAGAGGUCACUGAGGUCACCACCACUUCUGGGAGUAUCCACUUUGCUGUGGGCACAGCCCUUAACACCAAAAAAGGGGGAACAUUGGAAACCUCCUGCAGGAUGUAAUUGUUACCCAUAGAACUGUAAACCAGAGCACUUAAAACAGAAUCUUUCGGCAUUCUUAAAGGGGGGGAGGGGGUGUAACUUUCAAAGUUUGUUCAAUUUUUGAAAACUAAUUUAGAGAUUAUACUGUUCCUUAAACACUGUGAGAGGAAGUCAGAGUGUCUGUUCAGCCACGGUAAACUGUUAAGGUCAAGUGUUCACGGUGUCGUGGGGAUCCUGGGGAGCUGGUGGUUGUCUUGACCCUGCUGUCUUCCCUCUCUGGGACACCUGCUUAUCAAUGUCUAAAACUAAGAAAACUUUCUUUUUUUUUUCCAAUACUGUGUCAGGAUCUGUCAGAGUCUACAUUUGUUUCCCCGACUAGCGCACAUAACGUUUUAGGACGUUAGCUGUCACCGUCAUUUGGGCAUCCUUUGCUUUUCAUGUUCUCAAAAGGGUAUACAGAAGAGAGCAAACCAUGUUUCUCACUGGUGUGGUAGGAGGGGCUGGGGAGGCUUUAUACGUUCCAGGCAGGCAUUUUUUUUUUUUUUUUUAACUCUUUAUUGGAAUAUAAUUGCUUUACACUCUUGUACCAGCUUUUGAGGUACACCAAAGUGAGUCAGCUGUAUUUAUACAUAUAUCCCCAUAUCCCCUCCCUCCCGGGACUCCCUCCUGCUCUCCCUGUCCUGGCCCUCUAAGGCAUCACCCCUCAUCAGGUUGAUCUCCCUUUGUUAUACAGCAACUUCCCACUAGCUAUCUGUUUUACAGUUGGUAGUGUAUCUAUGUCUAUGCUACUCUCUCACUUUGUCCCAGCUUGCCCUUCGCCUCCCGCGCCCCCCACCAACCCCGUGUCCUCCAGUCCGUUCUCCAAGCAGGCAUUUCUUCCUGACGUCACCAACGUUUUCCCCACACUGCCUACAAUUCAUUGUAUUAAUUCUUAGGCUUUUGAAAUUGCCUUUUAAAAUGGCUACUCCUGGUUAAUGCUCAUGCUUAUAUAAGGGAGUAAAUCAAAGGAAGCCUAAGAAAUGUUCUAGUUCCAAUAACUAACCCGCAGCUAUUUGACAAAAGGGAAGAUGCUUUGUGCCUUCCAGAUGUUGCUGGGUUAAAAAAUAAAUUCUGCGCGAGGGUGUAUGAUGAUGGUUGCUGACGAUUUUACAUUUUGGAAAGAGUUGGUAUGAGAUGCUAAUCACUUUCUAAUAAGUACCUAAACAGCAGUGCUGAUAAGUUUUUGAGGAAUUAUUUUUAAUCAUACUUUGUUCUUCCCAAAAGACAUAAAAAAUGACUUAUUUUAAGCUCCACUAGACUAUAGCAUUAGCCCACGUGUUUCUAGGUCUCCUGCCAAGUGCUUUUCAUAGUUGAAAACUAUUUUUCACUAGCAAAUUUGGCAUUUUAUUUCAUUACCUAUUAGUAACCACUUCAGUGAUCAUUUCACAAGUAAAAGACUCUAAAUGAAGUAGAGAGCAACAUUUAUUGCAUAUUUUUUGACUUGCAGUCAAACUUUGCUACUAAAAAUUAACUUUGUAAAAAAAACAAUCCACUCUCAACUUCUUCCUAGAAAAAGUAGCUAUACGAUACCCUAUAUAUUUAUUUAUUUAUUAUUCUACCAUAGCAAAAUAACAAAACUUGAUUCAUUGAACCAGUUCUUUGCAACAUAAAAUUAGCUUUUUCCCUGUCCUUUCACACUCUGUGUAUAUAUGGUCAGCAUCCCCAGUUAAGGGAAGCUGGACAUGCAAAUAGAUCAUAUUAUGUUUUCUUCAUAUUUUAUAUGUUUUGCUGCAUAUCUGGAUACGAUGGGAUGAAUAAUUUAAAGUAGUGUUCCUAUGGCAUUAGUGUUUUGAUAAGAAGGGCAAUGUAGUGAGAGAGAUUUGUUGAUGGUGUUAAAAGAAGGCCCUCCUAAUGUGUAUAUCAUUUGGUAAACUUUUCAUUGAAGGGCCAAAAGUUAAAUUAUAAUUAAGUCACUGUGUUUUCAGAAUAUUUAACGUUUAACAACAACAAACCCGUGGUCAAACCAAAAGCGUGGGUUCGAGUAUAUUUUUCAUCUUCUAGUGCAUUGGCAAUUGCAAAAAAACAAAAAAAAGGAAGAAAGAAAAAGAAAGGAAAAAAAAGAAUUUAAUAUAAAGAUAUAGAGGUGAAUUCAGUGUCUAACAUUUUUAUUUAUUUAAAUAGUUAUUGACUAUGAUGACUUCCUAGUCUUAACGUUUUGUGUCUUUUUAUUGUUAUUGUUCUUCCUUUCACACACUUGGUUCUUGAUAGGUUUGCUGAUUGCACAGUAGAGGCACUUCAUGUUGACCCAGUUCCCAAGUAGCAUUAAUAAUUGGGCCUGUGUCAUAAAAUGCAUGGAUCAUUAAUAACUAAAUGUCCCUGACACCUUUCACUACAGGGCUGGGUUUAGUAACUGACCAACCUGGGGGGAGGGUUGAGGGGGUCUAUAGAACAUGGUCAAAAAAUGUCUCCGCUCAGGGAUUUAUGGUGGAUUAUUGCAGACAGUGCUAAAAAUGUAGAGCACAAGUUUACUAAAUUAAAAUUUUAUUUUUUGAGAAACUGUUAUUUGUAUAAAUUAUCAAGAUUUGUAGGCUUUCCUUUUGUAGAAAUAAUUGUUUUAUGUGCCAGAGAAUUUCAAUUUUGUUUUCAACA